AUGUUUUACUAUUUAUUAUUAUUAUGGUUCUGUUUGAUAACUACAUAUAAGUUUAAAAAUAUUUCUAAUAAUUCAAAUAAAGUAUUGAAAAAAAAAUUUAGUGUAAAAACUCUUUUAUACAUAAAUUUAGAAAAAUUUUAUCGUUUUGUAAUCAAAAAAAAAAAAGAAAAAAAUAAGCUACAAAAUUCUUUUGACUUUUAUUUAGAUAAGUUUCUAUAUUCCUCCUAUAAUGAUAAUAAAACUUUUUAUGAUUUAAAUAAAUUAAAUAUAAAUUCAAAUGUAUUAAGUUUAAGUAAAGAUUUGUUAUAUGUACAAAAUGAAAUAAAUAAAAAUGUAAGUAAAAGUUUUAAUGAAAGCAAAUUUCAAAGAACAUAUAAAAAUCAGAAAAGAUAUUCUAUAAAUUCUCAAAAUCCUCCUUAUGUUUUUCAUCCAAUUUACUCUAAUGUCAAUAUAAAAAAAAAGCAUCGCUUUAAGAUUAAAAAGUAUGAAAAUAUAUUUACUUAUUUAAAUGAAGCAAAUAUAUACGAUAGUAAUUUUGUCCUCCCAUCAAGUAAUAUAAGUGAAAUUAUCAAAUAUAUGUUAAAAGCUCAUAAUCCUUCCUUUAUAAAUAAGAUGUUAAAUAUAAUAAAAAAUAAAGAACAAGUUGAAAUGUAUGAAUUAGAUUUAUUUCCUGAUUUAAUUUGUAGAUUCUUAGUUGAAAUAAGUGGUACAAUAUUAAGCUCAUUAUUAUCAUUGAAAUACUCCAUUUCAAUGCAUAUAGGUGGGGGGAAUCAUCAUUCUAAAAGAGAUAGAGGAGAUGGAUUUUGUAUUUUUAACGAUGUAGCAAUAGCAAUAUAUUUCUUAUUAUCAAAUAAAAUAAUUGAAAAUGCAGUAAUUUUAGAUCUAGAUGUUCAUCAAGGAGAUGGAACAGCUGAAAUAUUUGAAAAUUCCAAAUGUGUGAAAACAAUAAGUUUACAUUGUAAAAAUAAUUAUCCACUUGUAAAAAAAAAUUCAACUAUUGAUAUUGAACUGGAACCAUUUAUAAAAGACAAUGAAUACUUAGAUAUAUAUCAAGAUGUUUUAAAAAAUAUAAAAAAGAAAGAAUUUAGUAUUAUUUUUUAUUUAGCUGGUGUUGAUAUAAGUGAGGAUGAUGAUUUAGGUUUUCUUCUAAUAAGUGAUGAAGGAAUUUAUAAAAGAGAUUAUUUAACUUAUCAAAUGGCAAUAAAAAAUAAUAUUCCAAUAGUUACAGUAUUAUCAGGUGGAUACAAUGAAUGUGAAGAAACAUUAACAAAAAAGCAUAUUUUAACAUUUAAGGCAGCAAAAGAUUCAUGGAAUUCAAUGAAAAAAUAA